AUGAAGGAGAGCUCAUUCUCCACUGCAUUAGACUUCACUCACAGGUCAAACAGCACCGCGCCCGUCCAACGCAAAAGUAGAGUUCACAGCCGCCGCCAUGGACAACAAGAGAAGCUUCACGUAGCGAUUUUCCCAUGGCUCGCUUUCGGCCACAUCUUGCCCUAUCUCGAGGUCGCCACCUUCUUAGCUGAAAAGGGCCAUCGUGUCUCCUUCAUCUCCACCCCAAAAAACCUCCGGAAGCUCCCCACUGACCUCCCUCCCUCACUGACCCUCGUCGAGCUCCCCUUGCCUCGCGUUGAUGGCCUCCCGGACUUGGCCGAGUCGACUGCCGAGCUGCCGAUCAAAAGGUCCCAUACCUUAAGAAGGCCUACGACAUGCUCGAGCCAGCCAUCACAGCGCUACUUCUCCCGCUUUCCUCGGACCGCCUUCCCUCUUGAUCGAGGCCCGGUCCCAAGGCCAGGACUUGACCGUCGUUCCCAAGUGGAUCGAUUACCCGUCCAAGAGGAUCGGCGAGUCGAUUCGCGGUUCAAGUUCGUGGCCGUGAGGAGCUGCCCCGAGUUUGAGGCCGAUCCACUGAGGCUGCUCGAGAAGCUUUACGGAAAACCCGUGGUCCCCGUGGGCUUAUUGCCACCCGCCGCAAACGCAGCAGCGAAGACGAAAAGAUGGGUCGAGCUGAAAAGAUGGCUUGACGAUAAGAAAGAGAAGUCGGUCUUCUACAUCGGCCUCGGCACCGAGGUCAACAUUAGCCCGGAGAUGAUAGUGGAGCUGGCCGGAGGGAUCGAGAAGUCGGGUUUGCCCUUCGUUUGGGUGGUGGGUCAGAGGCCCGGCCCGGAGAACAUACCUCCUGGGUUCGAAAGUCAGGUCGCCGGCCGGGGUUAUAUGUGGAUGGGUUGGGCUCCUCAGGCCGAAAUCCUGGCCCACCCGGCAAUCGGAGGAAUCUUGAGCCACUGCGGCUGGAGCUCCGCCAUCGAGUCGCUCGGGCAAGGCCGGCCGCUGAUUCUAUUCUCUGGAGCGAAUUCCGACCAAGGCUUGAUGGGCAGGCUGUUCGAAGAGAGAGGGGUCGGGUUCGAGGUGCCGAGGGACGAGGCCGAUGGGUCGUUCACUAGCGACUCGCUGGCCCAGACGAUUCGGCGGGUCAUGGUGGAGCCGGACGGAGAGCAAGUGAGGGCAAACGCAUGGGCCAUGAGGGAGAUAUUCGGCAAUUACGAGUUGCAAAACAAGUAUCUGGAGAAGCUCGCUCAGGUCAUGUUAGCUUAGUCGGGAGCAUAUGGGAUGGGGCCACGUUCGUUCCUCGUGUACGAGAAAGAUAAUAUUAUGGUUUAAAAUUAAAUAAAGGGCUUGUACGAUAAGCUCCUUUCUAGUUGUUAAUCAUGUACU